CCGCUGCGCGAGACUAGAGGAUUAUCAGUGCACGCGCUCAGGUAGAGGGGAGCGGAGGACAGCUGACUUUCUCUGGGUACAGCUCACUAACAGACGCUCCCCUUUCAGCUUCCUCCCACUACUUCACAAUCUUCUUCCAGUCUCCAAAGGUGAGAACAGGUCUACUGUGUCGGAAGCGGGAUUUUUGGGACCAAGCCCUAUUUCUACUUAAAAGAAAACAAGCCUGAGAGAAGAAGUCAUGGACAGAGAAAGACAUAUGAAGAGAAAAGCGGCUACAGAGAGGAAAUAAGCUUCACACGAUCACAAGGCGAAGAGUCUGCAGAGGGAAUAGGAGCAGGAUGGGGAUGGAUUUCAGCACCCUUCGGACUCUCAUCAACCGAUAUUGUGCUGGUGAGGAGAACUGUGUAGACACCAGGACAGUUUACAUUGGACAUAAGCAGCCUCCUCCAGGAACCGAGGCCUUCAUACAGCAAAGGUUUCCAGACAACAGAAUAGUCUCUUCCAAGUACACUUUUUGGAACUUCAUCCCCAAGAACAUGUUUGAGCAAUUCAGAAGAGUGGCCAACUUCUACUUUCUCAUCAUUUUUCUGGUUCAGUUGAUCAUCGACACGCCCACAAGUCCAAUCACCAGUGGUCUGCCGCUCUUCUUCGUCAUCAUAGUGACGGCCAUUAAACAGGGCUAUGAGGACUGGUUGAGACAUAAAGCAGACAACUCUGUCAACAAGUGUCCUGUCCACGUGGUGGAGCAUGGGAAAGUGGUCCGCAAACAGAGUCGCAAGCUAAGGGUUGGAGACGUGGUGUUCGUGGAAGAAGACGAGGUCUUCCCGUGCGAUCUCAUACUGCUUUCCUCGUCUCGGGACGAUGGGACGUGUUAUGUUACAACAGCUAGCCUGGAUGGAGAGAGCAGCCACAAAACAUACCAUGCAGUGCAAGACACCAAAGCCUACAAAACGGAGGAGGAGGUCAAUUGCAUCCAUGCCACUAUAGACUGUGAACAGCCGCAGCCAGACCUGUACAAAUUUAGGGGCAACAUCAACAUUUACAUGGGAAGUGAGCCUGUGUCCAGGUCUUUAGCUUCUCAGAACUUGCUGCUUCGUGGAGCAACACUGAAAAACACUCAAUAUAUUUAUGGUGUUGCUAUCUACACUGGCAUGGAAACCAAGAUGGCUCUCAACUACCAGUCCAAGUCCCAGAAGCGAUCUGCGGUGGAAAAGUCAAUGAAUGCCUACCUGGUGGUUUACCUGUGCAUCCUCAUCAGCAAAGCCAUCAUCAACACGGCGAUGAAGUACGUGUGGCAGGCCGACCCCAACAGAGACGAGCCGUUUUACAACGGGAAAACUGAGACAGAGAGGCAAAGACAUGUUCUGAUCAGGGCGUUCACAGACUUCUUAGCCUUCAUGGUGCUUUUCAACUACAUCAUCCCUGUAUCCAUGUACGUCACGGUGGAGAUGCAGAAGUUCCUGGGCUCCUAUUUUAUCAUGUGGGACGACGAGAUGUUUGACGAGGAGCUGAGAGAGAGGGCUGUAGUCAACACGUCUGACCUCAAUGAGGAGCUGGGACAGGUGGAGUAUGUAUUCACAGACAAGACGGGGACUCUGACAGAGAACAAUAUGGAGUUUAUAGAGUGCUGUGUGGACGGAAACGUUUACGUACCUCAUGUCAUCUGUAACGGACAGGUGAUGCCCGGUGCUUCUGGUAUCGAUAUGAUCGACACAUCGCCGGGGCCUGACGCCAGGGAGCGUGAGGAGCUGUUUUUCCGUGCGUUGUGUUUGUGCCACACGGUGCAGGUGAAAGAGGAGGAGACGGUAGAUGGGAUCAAGCAUGGCAUCCACCAGGGGAAGUCCUCCUCCUUCUACAUAUCAUCCUCUCCUGAUGAGGUGGCGCUGGUGGAGGGCAUGAAGAGGCUCGGUUUCACCUAUCUGCGCCUCAAGGACGGUCAUAUGGAGAUCUUAAACAGGGAGGAUGAGAUAGAGAGGUUUGAGCUCUUAGAAGUUUUGACUUUUGACUCGGUGAGACGGAGGAUGAGCGUUAUCGUCAGAUCCAGCAAGGGUGAGCUGUUUCUGUUCUGCAAAGGAGCAGAUUCCUCCAUCUUCCCCAGAGUUAUCUCAGGAAAGGUGGAGCAGGUGAAAGCAAGGGUGGAGCGCAAUGCAGUGGAGGGGCUGAGGACGCUUUGUGUCGCUUAUCGGCCUCUGAGUACUGAGCAGUACGAGCAGGUUUGCCACCUGCUGACGAGGGCGAAGUUGGAGUUCCAGGAUCAGGACAAGCUGGUGGCCGAGGCUUACGACCUCAUUGAGAGAGACCUCAUCCUGCUGGGAGCCACUGCUGUGGAGGACAGACUGCAGGAAAAAGCUGCAGAUACAAUAGAGUCUCUCCAUAAGGCAGGUAUGAAGGUGUGGGUUCUGACCGGGGACAAGAUGGAGACAGCGGUUGCAACCUGCUACGCCAGCAAGCUGUUUCGCCGCAGCACCCAGAUCCUGGAGCUCACCACUAAGCGGACAGAGGAGCAGAGCCUCCAUGACGUCCUGUUUGAGCUGAGCAGGACGGUCCUCCGGCAUUAUGGAGCAAUGCCCCGCGACACCUCUUCUGGUUUGUCUGGUGAAUAUACCGACUACGGCCUGAUAAUCGAUGGAGCCACCCUCUCUGCUGUAAUGAGGCCCAGCCAGGAGGACUCAAACUCAGGGAAUUACAAAGAGAUCUUCCUGGAAAUCUGUCGUAACUGCAGCGCAGUGCUCUGCUGCCGAAUGGCUCCUCUUCAGAAAGCACAGAUCGUAAAAAUGAUCAAAGCUUCCAAAGAGCAUCCGAUCACCCUCGCCAUUGGAGACGGUGCAAAUGAUGUCAGCAUGAUCCUGGAGGCUCACGUUGGCAUCGGUAUUAUGGGUAAGGAGGGUCGGCAGGCAGUAAGAAACAGUGACUACGCUAUCCCAAAGUUUAAACACCUCAAAAAGAUGCUGCUUGUCCAUGGACACUAUUACUAUAUACGCAUCUCUGAACUUGUGCAAUACUUCUUUUACAAGAAUGUAUGUUUCAUCUUUCCUCAGUUCCUCUACCAGUUCUUCUGUGGAUUCUCUCAGCAGCCACUGUAUGACACAGCUUACUUGACACUCUACAACAUCAGCUUCACAUCGCUGCCCAUCCUGCUCUACAGCCUCAUGGAGCAGCACAUUAACAUGGAAAUCCUGAAAAAGGAGCCGUCGCUAUAUAGAGAUAUCGCCAAAAACUCGUUGCUAACGUGGCCCAUCUUUAUUUACUGGACUGUCCUGGGUGUGUAUGAUGCCAUUGUGAUGUUCUUUGGUGCUUACUUCCUGUUUGACAACACCACCUUCACCAGCAAUGGACAGCUAAUGACAACCAACACACAGAUGAUGUUUGGAAACUGGACGUUUGGGACGCUGGUCUUUACCGUUCUCGUUUUCACCGUUACAUUCAAGUUGGCUCUCGAUACUCAUUACUGGACGUGGAUCAACCAUUUUGUCAUCUGGGGUUCACUUGUCUUCUUUGUUGUCUUCUCUCUGCUGUGGGGAGGAAUUAUUUGGCCUUUCCUCAAUUACCAGCGAAUGUACUACGUGUUCAUGCAGAUGCUGUCCAGCGGUCCAGCCUGGCUCAGUAUUAUCCUGCUGAUCACGGCCAGCCUGCUGCCAGAUGUGGUGAAGAAAGUGUUCCUGAGGUCGCUAUGGCCCACAACUACUGAACAAAUACAGAAUGCUGAUAAGCUCUACAAGGGCCACCUGUCGGAGUUCACCCCCUUGGCGGUUCUCCACCCUCCACCCAAGGUCGACAGCCACCAGCGAGGCUCUGAAAACCAAAGGAAGGCCCUGAACCCACGAAGCUGUGUUACUCUUUUUCUCUUCUUCUCCCUCUGGAGAAAGGAUGUGGAAAGUAUCCCACCUCUGCUAGCGCCUCCUCCACCUAUCUCACCGUCACCAUCCACUGUCCCCUUCUGCUCGUCCUUUGCCAUUCCUCCACUGAUUCAUCUCUCCACCCAUCGUGAGGCAGAGCAGAGAUGCUGUUUUGAUCUCUUGAUUUGGACCUCGAUAAACCAAAGCCUUGUUGCUGCUACAGUAGAGAUACUUUUAGCUGCUUUACAUUAGGUGCCUUGUGCUAGUGUGUGAAAUAAAUGAUUGUUCAUGUGCUUUACGGUGCAUUAAGUGUUUGUAAGCACUUGGAUGGCAUAAAGGCUCUGCAAAGCAUGGAUGUACAGUAUGGAAGCAAACAUGAAUAGUGAAUGGGAGAAUGGAGAAAUAAUAAAAAGUGAAUUUAAGAAUCUUUUUGCAGUCUGCUGUUUUAAGUUUGAACAAAUAGAACUGAAAAAGACUUAAAAAAGAUUUGCACAUGAAACAUGACAUUACUAUUUAGUUUUUCUUCAGUUUUUUCCUAUUUAUAUACAUGUCACCAAAAAAUUGAAUAAUAAAUAAAAUAAAUAUUGUGAGUAUAAAUUAUUAAAAAACUUUUAUUAACCCAAUUUGUUGUUGACACAUACUCUAUUCAUGCUUUUCUGACAUUUUUUUCCAAGCUCUCCUCUAAAAAGGCAUGCAGUAACCAUCGCCUUAUAUAUGUUGGUACUCCGUUAAAUAUUUUAUUGCAGCACCAGUCUCCCACGUUAAAAAUGUUCCCACUCCCACAAAACUCCAAAAGCCUUUGUACGAGAAAGCGGCCCACAGCAUCAUUCCUCCUCCAUCUUCCUUAACAGUGGAUUUUUUUCAGUCUAGGCCAAACUGGUGUAUCAUCAUCCCAAAGCGCAUGAUUUAAGUUUAGGACCCAAGUCGAUGUGUUUAUGUUUGUGAUGGUAGGACAGGAAAAGCUUUUACAACACAGCCUUGUUUGCAGAUAUAAGUUAGUUUAGGUAAGUAUCUAUUAUUCUUCAGAGCUGUUUACUGAUUGUUGAAGAGCAUUACUACUUACAUUCAAUAUUUUUUCCAGCAAAAUAGGAAGUCAGGAAUUACUAAUAAACAUUUUAACAUGAAUUCAUUUAGGAAUAUAGGAUGUAAAAAAAUAAAUAAUACUUAAAUUAUUUUGUUUGCAGAACUUAAAUUAUUCCCCCUCCCUACAUUUUAUCAUGGGAUUAUGUUGCUGCAAUAAUACAUUAUUGUAUUCUAAGGCUUCCUUAAUAGUCACACCUGUACUUAAUUCAAAUCCUAACCUUCAAAGUUUUUAGAGCUUUAUUGGAAAGAAUUGGAGACCUAACUGAACAUAAAUACGCCAUCUACACUUAAAAUAGGACCUCAGUUUUCCAGCUCAGACAUUUUAACUUAGCUAUUUAUUCAGUUUACAUCAAAAUCAAACAAAUCAUUAAAAACAGUAAACCUAAAUAUUACCCUUGAUUGUUCUCUACCAUGCAAUACUAGAUUUUUUUCCAAUGUGGAGACAGUAUUUUAUGUGUCUUAUUAAAGCAGUUGUGUAAUUAAGCCACCAAAACCUGUUUUUACCAAACGCCAGUGCACAUGAGUGUUAAACUAUAUGCUUAGCUUUCAAUGUAUAAAACCUGUUUUGUUGUUAGUUGACGGUUUGCAUCAGCAUUGUUUGAAGACUGACACAUUGUUAUAAAGGCUUUUAAAGCCACCAGUCUUACUGUAUUUGUCACUGUCGUCCUGUUUGUGCAAGACGGCCUUUGUACGUAAAGCUUUUGGGGUUUUUUUGUGACGCAUCGUUGUAAGAAAUCUGUACAUCUCAUAGCUAAUGGUGUGGACAGACCGCUGUACCCUCAGAUACAAUACAGGAAAAUGUAAACAUCGUUAUUUGCUAAUUGUUGUACAGCAUUUGGGUGUUUUUGUAUACGGUUUUUAAGAGUUAUAAUCAACAUUUCGUUGUGGAUAUUUGCCAAUUUUUGUUUUUCUUUUAGCGUUUAAUGGCAGACGAUUGUACAUUUGCUCCAAAUAAAAGCCACGAGUGGAUGUAUGGGUAAAAA